AUGCGAUCUUCAUGGGCUGAUUCAGUUGCGAACGCCGAGGAAUCGGCGCCCGCGACUGCUGCUGCUUCUGCCGCUGUUGCUAAUCACCAGAACUCGCGUCCCACUCGCAGCUCUUACGUCCCUCCUCACCUCCGUGGCCGCUCCCCAGGUCCUCCCUCUGAGAACCACGCACCAGGACUUGCUCCGGCACCAGCUGGCAUACCACCCUCAGGUGCUGUGCAGCCUUCUGGUUACGCAGCCGUUGUUGGUGGUGGCUCCCGCUGGGCUGCCCCUCCUGCGGGCGGUGGCACUGGUGUAGGUGUUGUGCGUCAGGGUGGUGGUCGUGGUGGCGGUGGUGGAGGUGGUGGCGGUGGCUGGAACUCUCGCCCUGGGUUGGACCGCAGGGACCGUGAACCAAACCCAUUUGGCGAUGUUGAGCCGCCUGCAGAGGUUGACUUUGAGAGUCAGGCGAACACAGGCAUCAACUUUGAUGCCUAUGAGGACAUUCCUGUGGAGACAAGUGGCCAUGACGUACCUACACCAGUCAACACCUUUGCAGAGAUUGAUUUGGGUGAUGCGCUGAAUGAGAACAUACGGAGGUGCAAGUAUGUGAGGCCUACACCAGUACAGCGGCAUGCCAUUCCAAUUGUUAUUGGAGGGAGGGAUCUCAUGGCCUGUGCUCAGACUGGGUCUGGGAAGACGGCUGCCUUUUGUUUCCCGAUCAUUAGUGGGAUUAUGAAGUCAAGGCCACCGCAGAGACCAAGAGGCUCGAGGACUGCAUAUCCACUCGCACUGAUUUUAUCUCCUACUCGUGAACUAUCAGUCCAAAUUCAUGAAGAAGCAAAGAAAUUUGCAUACCAGACAGGUGUUAGAGCUGUUGUUGCAUAUGGUGGAGCACCAAUACAUCAGCAGUUGAGGGAAUUGGAAAGGGGUGUUGAAAUCCUUGUGGCAACUCCUGGUCGUUUGAUGGAUCUGCUGGAGAGGGCUAGAGUAUCACUGCAAAUGGUGAAUUACUUGGCGCUUGAUGAAGCUGAUCGAAUGCUCGAUAUGGGUUUUGAGCCACAGAUACGUAAAAUUGUUGAGCAGAUGGACAUGCCCCCUCGUGGUGUGAGACAGACAAUGCUGUUUAGUGCUACUUUUCCAAAGGAGAUACAGCGUCUGGCUUCAGAUUUCCUUGCAGACUACAUCUUCCUUGCAGUUGGAAGAGUUGGUUCAAGUACUGAUUUGAUUGCUCAAAGGGUAGAGUUUGUUCUUGAAGCAGAUAAAAGAAGUUACCUCAUGGACCUUAUUCAUGCGCAAAAAGCUAAUACUGUUCCCGGGAAGCAAUCUCUCACUUUGGUCUUUGUGGAGACAAAGAGGGGAGCUGAUGCUCUGGAGAACUGGCUCUAUACAAAUGGGUUCCCUGCAACUAGUAUUCAUGGAGAUCGUACACAGCAGGAAAGAGAGUAUGCACUGAGAUCCUUCAAGAGUGGAGCAACACCCAUCCUUGUUGCAACUGAUGUAGCUGCUCGUGGACUUGACAUUCCAGAUGUUGCCCACGUCAUCAAUUUUGACCUUCCAAAUGACAUUGAUGACUAUGUUCACCGUAUUGGGCGAACAGGACGUGCAGGGAAGUCUGGUGUGGCAACUGCAUUUUUCAACGAGGGCAAUAUGUCACUGGCUAGGCCACUAUGUGAAUUGAUGCAAGAAGCUAACCAGGAGGUUCCUCAAUGGCUUGAGCGAUAUUCUGCCCGUUCCUCGUUUGGAGGUGGCGGUGGCAGAAACCGCAGAUCAGGCGGCGCUCGAUUUGGUGGACGUGACUUCCGUCGGGACAGGGGUGCUGGUGGUUACGGCGGUGGAGGUGGCGGCGGCGGUGGAGGAUACGGCGGUGGAGGUUAUGGUGGUGGCGGUGGAGGUUACGGUGGUGGCCAAGGCGCAUCUAGUUCCUGGGACUGAUAAGGUCUCCCAUUUACCUUGAGAAUCGAGAUGAAAUGCUCAUAUUCUGUUUGACUUAUCUGGAAACAGAUAUUGGAAUUUGUAGUCAUCGUGGUGGGUAUGGUGCUGGAAAAUGCCCCCAUUUACCUUGUUUCGUGGCUGAUUGUCACAGCACCUGUGUUUCCUGUGUACUGGUUAUUUUCUAGAGUGAAGUCCGGGUGGGCUCAUUUCCUCAUGCUGUAGUUUUGGAUGUUGUGUAUUUGUUGGCUGGUUGGUGGUCAUUGAUGCGCUUGUUAUUUUUUAUACGAAUGAUAGUGGUGGAUCAUUA